AUGGCACUACUGGUCAAGAGGCACCACCAAAUGUUGGUCUCCUCCUCCACCUCCUCGUCGUCCCCUUCGGCGUCCCAACAGCAGCGGCAGCCGCUGCCGGCGCAGCCGCCACCUCCUCCCUCCUCCUCCUGCCUCACCGACCAGCAGCCGUCCCCCGCCAAGCGCAAGAGGCGCCCUCCCGGCACGCCGGACCCCGAUGCGGAGGUGGUGGCGCUGUCGCCGCGGACGCUGCUGGAGUCGGACCGGUACGUGUGCGAGAUCUGCGGGCAGGGGUUCCAGCGCGAGCAGAACCUGCAGAUGCACCGGCGGCGGCACAAGGUGCCGUGGCGGCUCGUGAAGCGGGCGCCGCCUCCUGCUGGCGGCGAGGACGGUGCAGCAGCAGGCGGCGCUACAGGUGGCGGUGGUGGAGCUAACAGCAGCACGGCGGGCGGCGGCGGUGGAGGCGGCGCGCCCCGGAAGCGCGUGUUCGUGUGCCCCGAGCCGAGCUGCCUCCACCACGACCCCGCCCACGCGCUGGGCGACCUGGUGGGCAUCAAGAAGCACUUCCGGCGCAAGCACGGCGGGCGGCGGCAGUGGGUGUGCGCCCGCUGCGCCAAGGGCUACGCCGUGCAGUCCGACUACAAGGCCCACCUCAAGACCUGCGGCACCCGCGGCCAUUCCUGCGACUGCGGCCGCGUCUUCUCAAGGGUGGAGAGCUUCAUCGAGCACCAGGACGCGUGCAACUCCAGCCGGAUGCGCGGCGAGGCGGUGGUGGCCGUGCCGCCGACGGCGCUCCCGGUCAUCCGUCCCGCCGUCCCGCGGCAUCCGCCCACGGUGGCACCGCCGCCACCGGUGCUCCAGCUCCCGGCCUCCUCAGCGGCGGCAUCAGCGCCGCUGCUGACUAGCACAACGACCACCUCUCUGUCCACCACCACCACAACCGCGUCCCAGCAGCAAGAACCCCACGCGGCGGCGGCGGCGGCGACGACGACGAAGCUGCAGCUCUCCAUCGGUCCCACCGUCACGGCGGGAGUCGACGCUGCGGCGUCGGCGGGCGCCGUCGGCGAGGAGGAGGAGGACUCCGAGGCGGAGGAACUGCGGCGCGCGGUGGAGGAGAAGGCCGCGGCGGACGCGGCGCGGGAGCGGGCGCGCGGGGAGGCCGCGGCGGCGGAGCGCGCGCUGGACGAGGCCCGCCGCGCCAGGCAGCGGGCCCGGGCCGACCUCGAGAAGGCGUGCGCUCUGAGGGACCACACCGCGCUCCUGCUCGCGCAGGUCACCUGCCACGCGUGCCGCCAGCGCUCGCUCGCCGUGGCCGUCGCCAGGGUCGGCGGCGAGGGACACGCCGGCCCCGCGGUGGCCUGCGACUCCAUGAGAGGAGGCGGCGGCUUUGGAGCUGCUGGCAUCUAG